CACAUUCUCUCUACGUUCUCGUCGGCCGACGAUUCCGCGCAUACCUUUGACAACGACGACGACCACAUGCCGGUCUUCGAAUCGAAGCCACUGAGUCAGCCCAAAUGGCAGGCCGUCGCCAACAAGACAUUUUCUAAGAAUCCUCUCAUCUUUGGCAUUCCCUUCGUUAUAAUCAUGGUCGGGGCCUCUUUUGCAAUAACCCCCUUUACGCAAAUACGAUACGACCUACAUGACCAGAAAGUCAAGGCGGUUUCGAAGGAACAAGAGCUGGGAUUGUCGAAGAACAGGAAAAAGUUUGAUAUUCGGGAGGAGUACUAUCGUCUGAAUGCAGAGGUCGAGGAUGACUGGGAACAAAAGAGAGUACCGCGGCCGAAGGGUCUCCCAGAGUGGGGCGUACCACCCCCCGAACCGCCGGACAAGAAAUCAUGAUUACUACCUUUGGACCACUCACCAUCUGUAUUUUUUUUUUUACGAAAAUUCAUC